UCGCCUUCAUCAGAACCAAAAGAGUGUGUGUUGUUUUCCGAGCUUUUCUGCGGUCACCGUCGUCAGCAAAAGAACAGUAGUUUUUUGUAGUUGAGUUUUUUCGUUUUUGAUUUCAAUCGCUGCCGUGGACAACCAUGCCCCCGAAGUGACCGUGCGUGCUCGUCAGGAUUGCUCGCCGUGUGUCUGCUACGAUGAAUCUUCAAUCCUUAUUUCAGGACUUCAAUCCGAGUAAAUUCGUAGUGCAUUGCUGUUUGUUUACAUUUACCGUCCUAUUUUGUCUACGUUUGGACGAGAUCAUAGAUUGGCCCUACUGGGUGAUAUUCAUUCCGCUAUGGGUAUGGAAGUCGAUAGCCACACUAGGAGCGAUCGUCGGGGCGAUAGUAUGGUGUCGGUAUCCACACUACAGGGUCGAGGGAGAUUCCUAUUCGCACUUCAAGGCCAUGCUGAUAUCGCUGUCGCUCCAUCUGAUAUUGCUGAUGUUCGAGCUGUUAGCUUGUGAUCGACUGAUGUCGGGGCGACACCUGUGGGUGCUGGUGUUCAUCCCGCUGAUCUUUGGUAGCGUUGCCAGCGUAGGAGCCUGCGUUUGGGCUGUAAAACACGAUCGAUCGUUUGAGCUGGAACUGUUCUGUGCAGUCAACGCACUGCAGUUCGUGUUCCUGCCCCUCAAACUGGACGGAUUCGUAUCCUGGAGUUGGGAAGUGGUAUUCGUACCGCUGUGGAUUGUCCUGUGUCUCAGCUUGGUGGCAGUACUGUACAGUAUAAUUUUCUGUGGAAUCCUCCUUCGAACGCCGGAGGUUUCAGCCCAGCAGAAGAAAUCGGCCAUCAAUUCCGCGAUCGGCAACUGCGCCACCGUGCUUCCAAUCCUAGUAUUUCAGGUGCUGUUGGCCGACAAGUUGGACGAGGAUCUCGAUUGGCCGUUCAUAGCCGUGGCUGGACCACUACUGCUUGCCCUGUUUGUACUGAUUCUGUUGAGCUUCAACGCCAAGGGUGGCAAUAAGUGGUGGUUCGGCAUACGGAAAAACUUUUCCCAGUUCCUGCUCGGAGUCCUGCCGUGUCUGCAGGAGUACGGUAACAUAUCAUAUCACACGGAGAGUGCCGGCCAAACGCAGCCCCUGGACACGACCGUGCAGUUGGAAGAGUUUGAAAAGUACGACAAAAAGGGAAAGAAAGCGCUGAGCAAAAAGAAUGACCAUCUCAAACCAGUCGUGCCGAUCAUCAGCAUCGACCUGCCAGAUUAACGGGUGAGAAAAAAGAAGAGAGAGCGAAAAGAAAGCUGAACUCGGUUAAGCAAGGCCCCUUUUUACUCACAAUACGUUACUACUUCUAAAGCUAAAGCUAGGCACAAUUUCUAGGAAAAGAAAAAAAGAUAACUAAUUUAUUGGAUCUGUUAGGAGCUGAGUGGAGUGUCGCUUUCCGUGUUCCAACUUGCUAGCGGAGCGGCAAAAGGUGGCAAGGAAGACUACUUGCCGCACGCAUUGUGAUUGAUGGAAAACUCCUUCGUUCAUCUGAAUUUAAACUCGCCAUAUUAUUUCAUUAUUCAUUUUGUUUUUUAAAGCUAACCAUUCAUAUCGUUUAUUGGACUAUUUUCCCCUGUAAGAUUGUUAGAACUUUUUUUAUUUCACU